AUGCCCGCGCUGAGCCUCAGAUCCCGCAAUGAUGCCACCGAGCUGACUACACCAUCCUUCAUCGUAAAGCUGCAAGCAACAGUCAACAAGUGCAUGCUCGUGACAAUACCAACGUACGACCACUCCCAUGGUACGACCCUCUCUUCGACACUGUAUGCACUCUCCUUCCCUACCCAUUCCAUGCUUAACAUCACUCUCUACAGGUCCACCCCACGUGCAUUUACAUUCCCUAGUGUAGCAGACAACACCAUAUUGAACGGAAGCAGUGGACUGCCACUUACCCCUCUUGAGCUGAGUCCAUCCAUACGUUCCACUUUGCCUUCUCUGUUCGAGCUGCCUGAAUCAACUCGUUCAACGCUCCAGAUCUCAACCUGUAUGCACUACUCACACUCACUGCACGCUGUUGCAGCACAGCCUCAACCUCCACAACCUGCUCGACCUCAUCCCACACACACACACAAUUUGACUCACAGGUCCUGA